AGGGAGCAAUGGAAAUGAGGGAGGUGGAGAAAGUGGUGAAACGUGUGUGCCUCUUGAGGAGGGAGGGGCAGGAGGAAGGCUGGGUUGAGUGGUCUGUCUGCAGAAGAGUGGCCACACCCUAAGACCCUUCAUCCAACUCCAGCUGGUGGCUGAUUGGAUGACGUGGUCCUAGUCAGGUGGGUGGGGCGAGCUUUACGAGGGCUGAGGAGAGGGCCACAGCUAUCAUUCUGAGACUGGCCUCCUGAGAGAAGCAUCGCUCUGCAACGUGAGGCUCCACGUUUCAGGACACAUGGAGACGCCCUCUUCCCACUGCCGAGAGGAGUCUCAGUUCCAUGUCUUUCCAAACCUCAAACCUUGCGGGUCAAAUACGGGUGGUGCUGAAGGCCACGGAGGACCCACUCUACCUGAGAAGCCGGCACCGUCAUCGCACACACCCUGCGACCUGCCGAACGGUUGGGCUCCCGCGUCAAUAGGUCUGCCCCCCGCAAAGAAACCCGUGAGUUGGAGGAGACCUUCUGUGGUUGGGGCCGGCCUGCAGAACCUGGGGAACACGUGCUAUGCGAAUGCGGCGCUGCAGUGUCUGACGUACACACCACCCCUCGCCGGCUACAUGCUGUCCCAGGAGCACUCCCGAAGCUGUGGGAGGCAGCCAUUCUGCGUGCUGUGUGCUCUGCAGGCUCACGUGACCCGGGCCCUCUGCCGUCCGGGACAUGUGAUCCGGCCUCCGCCAAAACUGCUCGCUGCCUUCCACACACACAGGCAGGAGGAUGCCCAUGAGUUUCUGAUGUUCACUCUGGAUGCUAUGCAGCAAGCGUGUUUGCGUGAGGACAAGCCUUCAGAGCCUCAGGCUCAGGACGCCACCCUCAUCCAGCAAAUCUUUGGCGGGUACUGGAGGUCUCAAAUCCAGUGUCUCCACUGCCAGGGUGUCUCCAGCACUUUGGACCCUUACCUGGACAUUAGCCUGGAUAUCAGGGCGGCUCAGAGUGUGAGCCAAGCUUUGCAACACUUGGUGAAGCCCGAACAGUUGGAUGGUGAAAACGCCUAUCGUUGUAGUACUUGUCUCGACAAGGUACCUGCUUCCAAGACGUUGACUUUGCACACUUGCUCCAAGGUCCUGAUGCUGGUAUUGAAACGAUUCUGCCAUUUCACGGGCAGCAAACUGGCUAAGGAAGUGCAAUAUCCUGAGCGCCUUGACAUGCGACGAUACGUGUCUGGGCAGAACGGGGGGUCGCUGACUUAUGUGCUCUAUGCCGUGCUGGUGCACGCGGGCUGGAAUUGUCACAGCGGACAUUACUUCUGUUACAUCAAAGCUGGGAACGGCCAGUGGUACAAAAUGGAUGAUGCGAAGGUGACCGCCAGUGAUGCGACGUCUGCCCUGAGCCAACAUGCCUAUGUCCUCUUUUACAUCCAGAAGAGUGAAUUGGAAAGAGACCGUGCGAGUGAGCCAGGUGCUGGGGAAUCCACAUCCCUCCAGGCUGACCACGCAGGCACGGCUGCGGCCCAAGGGGGGCCCGAAACCGACCCCGACAUCGAGGUGCCACAAUUGGAGGAUCACGUGGAACAGACACCACCGCCAGCAAUCACGUUAGACCAGUGGAGAUUCCUCCAAGAAAGCCACCGUCCCAAGUCUGAAUUCAACCUCAGGAAAUUAGAAUUUGCCCUUCCCCCCGACGCAGUCCUAAUUCACCAGUCCAAAUACAGAGACGAGAUGGGGAAGGAUCACCGUGAACCAAACAUCUACCGGCUCAACAGUUCAGCCAGGGACAUCCCACCUCAGAGGGCAACGGCCAUUAACCAAGUCCCUUGUCUCCCCGGCAGAGCCAGAGCGACCAAGAGGAAGAACAAGAAGGGACAGAGGUCUCAGGAAGCAGUGCAGGGAUCCCACUACAGGCUUUGAGAUACAUGCCUGCCCACGUGCACACUCACCCGCCCUCACUCACUACUCACUCACUCACUCACUCACUCACAGUCCCUUGUGGGCCAUAUUUUGUGUGUUGUAGGUGGGUGUGAUCCAGACAUGUGGAGGAACCAUUCAUCUGGCUGUAUUCACAGGAUAUGGC